AUGCUGCCCUCAACCACUCCAAGUCGGCCCUGGGAAGAGGUCGGCAUCGAUCUUUUUCAUCUCAACGGCCAUGACUUUGUUCUUCUGGUGGAUUACCGGUCACGCUUCCCGGAAGUCAUCAGUCUACGUUCAACCACAGCACUUGCGGUCAUCAACGCCAUCAAGAGCGUUUUCGCACGCCAUGGGAUUCCGAGACUAGUGCGCAACGACAACGGUCCUCACUUUGCUGCGAAAGAGUUCUCCGCCUUCGCCAAGUCCUACGGCUUCUGCCACGUCACCAGCAGCCCCCAUUUUCCACAGUCGAAUGGGGAGGUGGAACGGACGGUGAGGACAGUCAAAGACCUGCUGCGGAAGGCGGACGAUCCCUACCUGGCACUUUUAGCAUACUGGUACACACCUGGGGUAAAUGGAGUGAGUCCAGCUCAGCUGCUCAUGGGUAGGCGCCUACAGACCAGGCUGCCGAAAACGUCGCACCUGCUGGAGCCAGCCUGGCCCCCUUCUUUCACAAUCACUCAACCUGACCAAGACAACCGGAGGCGCCAAGCGUCAGACUUCAACCGAAGGCAUGCAGCUCACACCUUGCGGCCUCUUCAGGCCGGAGAGUGGGUCUGGGUGCAGGAUGUCAACUCUCCAGCAACCGUCUUAGGGCCAGCUCAACGCCCGCGCUCCUACGUGGAGGAGACUCCGACGGGUGUACUUGAGCGUAACCGGAUGCACCUGGUGCCAACGACAGGAACCCCCAGUGCCAACACACCUGGAACCCCGGUGGCGGAUCAGCCCGAGACGACUACAACACCUGGAACUGACCAAGCAGCACAAGACCAGCAAACCGCGUCGCCUCGGGAAAGCACAUGCACUGCAGAGGAACUUCAGGGUUCUGCUUAUACGCAACGCGUCUCACGGUCGCGGUAUGGCAGGAGGAUCCGCAGGCCGAAGAGACUCGACCUGUGA